AUGGGGAAAAUACCCACUCCCAUGGACGGACCAAGCUCCACCCCGGAGAUCCAAGAAGUCAGCCCAUUCAGUCCCCGCUCCAGCUCCUGCUCCAACCCUGCCGGGUUCCAGCUCGGCGGCUCCACGUCCCGGCCCCGGCUCCACGUCCCGGCCCCGGCUCCACGUCCCGGCCCCGGCUCCACGUCCCGGCCCCGGCUCCACGUCCCGGCCCCGGCUCCACGUCCCGGCCCCGGCUUCACGUCCCGGCCCCGGUUUCGGUUUCACGUCCCGGCCCCGGUUUCACGUCCCGGCCCCGGUUUCACGUCCCGGCCCCGGUUUCACGUCCCGGCCCCGGCUCCACGUCCCGGCCCCGGCUCCACGUCCCGGCCCCGGCUCCACGUCCCGGCCCCGGCUCCACGUCCCGGCCCCGGCUCCACGUCCCAGCUCCUGCCUUUCCUACGGCGCACGCUGGAGACCCUGGAGCCUUUUCAAGUCUAA